CGAAUUACGAAAACAUCAAGAAGAACAAGACUGACGUUUCGCCGGAUCAAUCGGAAAGGCAGCAUGGCGAACAACAACUGCGUUCGAAUUCGGAGGAAAUCGGUCUGUGACAACGUAGUACGGAAUCGUGGUUGCUCACUGUCUCUGGCGAUGUCAGCCUUCUGGCGACGUUCGUGGUUCUCCUUCGUUGKGGUGGUGUUUUCAUUGCAGUUGUGGUGCGUUUUGGGGUUUGUUUCCGAUUCGUUCCUUGCUUCAACGCCUUGGCCAGUUCCUUCCUUUUCGGUCAGGCCACCACGCUCUGCAGCUACGCUGCAUCCCAAGGGAAAUCCCAUAAGGGCAAGCAAUGAUGCAACAACAACGCUUCGGGCCAUCGAAUGGGCAGCUACCACCAUCGAAUUCGACGGUUUCUAUCGAUCCUACGGACCCCCGAGCCUCUGGAGGAAACUCACCUCGAGCGUUCCCCGCAGGGAAUACGCCUUAGAAAACGUCACCUUCCGCCUCGGAGAAAUCAACAGAUCCGAAACCGAUAGGGACGGUACCAUAUAUCUCUUGCUGGGAGCCUCGUCGUCGGGGAAGAGCACUGUUCUCAAAUCCGUGCUCGAAAUCAAAUCCCUCCCGCCAGAACGUUGCAGGGGAAGUGUCCGCAUUGAUUCGCAGUGGAUCGCACCAGUCAGCGGGAAGCCUACCGCGCCAAAACAGCCGAUCGCCAUCCUUCUAGAUGAUCGGGGCGAUAUCAACAAAGGAUACAGCAGCAAAACCAAAUCUACCGUUGGGGAGCGAUGGAGGGAUUGUAUCCUUCGCGAGCUAUCGGGAAAGAACAACGACGAGGAAAAGGACGUCGACAACAACAGCGCAUCCUGGCUUGUAAGCACCCUGUUGGAGACCAUGGCAAUAGAAAUCUUUGAGUUGGAUCUUGAUUCGGUUCUUGCUGAUCUCACACCCUCAGAGCGAUACCGGUUUUCUUUGGGAACGGCCUGCAUCGAAAGCAGUGUUGGGAGGGCGGUGGCGAUGGGCAGCCAGGAACAACCACCACGAGAAGACGAAGAGCCAGUGUUUCUUCUCCCCGGACCGAUCCUCCUGCUCGACGAAUGGAUGGACGUGGAAACGACCGCGGUCGUCCAGAACGUAAGGCCUUCCCUGCACAAGAUCGCCAGCGAAUGGAACGGCGUGGUGGCAUCGGUCACCCACAAGCCGGGACUCUACGAAACGGAAACCGCUGGGAAUCGCGAUCGCUCCACCAUUUUGCAGCACGAAACCCUUCGAAAGCUGACCCUGGGUGCUGGGAAACUCCGUUCCGUGGUCUGAUGUGUUCUGGCGUGAUCCUACGACAGACGAGAAAACAAACCGAAGAAGCACAC